AUGGUUUCUCUAAAAUCUAUCCUCCUUGUGGUUUUCUGUGGAACAUCCUAUGCCGUACCUUUUGCGCCAAACUACGCUGUCGAAUCCAUGUCCUUGCCUGACCCCAGCAGAUCUGGCCUCGAAACCAGAGGCAUCGAGAGCGGAACAUUCAUUAUCAAAUGGAUCCAUGCCCUAGACAACUCCAAAGACUUGACCUUCAGGGCAGCCAUAAUAUAUCUUCAGGGUCAGGUCUUCGCGCCUUCCGGAUCGGGUGUAUAUGCAAGGUUUUAG